AUGGGCGACACACUAACAAGCUACGAGGCGCGUGUGCGGUGCCGCGAUAUCGCGCAGACCAAGACGGCGGCCAUCACUACAAAGAACGUGGGAGAGGCAGCGAGCAAGCUGCUGGAGACGGCACAUCGUCGCCUGAGCUUCAACCCGGGCCCGCCGACGACCACCUGGUGCCGUGAUCUCCCGUUGUAUGACCUGAGCUCGAUUCCCGAAUGGCUGAAGGGUAACCCGUUCAUCCUCAGAUACUACCGAGCCGGCUACACCACAAAGCAGUGCUUCAAGAGCGUCUUUGCCCUCCACAACGAGACACUCAGUAUUUGGACCCACCUGGUGGGUCUCCUCAUCGUGCUGGUGCUCUCACUCCACAUCCUACUCAACCUUGGCCUGCACCGCACGCAAGACUACCUUGUCUUCUCGGUGUUUCAGCUAGGCAGCAUGGUCAUGCUCGGCGGAUCCUCUGUUUACCACACGCUGAGCGCCCACCACUCUGAGCAGGUGCACAACAUCGCCCUUGCGAUCGACUACUUCGGCAUCACCUCCAUGAUCGUCGGCAGUUUCUACCCGCCCGUUUUCUACCUCUUCUCGUGCUUAGCGGUGGUGCGGGCGGUGUACCUCAUCUCAAUCACGCUGCUGGGUAUUCUCGGUUUGAUGGGACCCUUCUUCACGUUCUUCAACACUCAGACGUUCUACUGGCCGCGCAUGAUUCUCUACUCCUCCCUGACCUCCAUCGGUAUUCUCCCCACGAUUCACAUGUUCUUUGGGUUGCCCGCCAACGAGCAGACCUUGCCGCUGUAUAAGGGCAUGUUUCUCAUGCUGGUUACGUACUGCGUGGGUAUUGUGAUCUACAUCUUCAAAGUCCCUGAGCGAUGGUACCCGGGUCGGUUUGAUGUGUGGCUGCACAGCCACCAGCUGUGGCAUUUCUUUGUGUUGUGCGCUGCAGUGGUGCACUAUUUCACCUGCAUCGGCGCCUUUCAGAUGUGGCACGUAACGCGCGGAGUGGGCGGUGAGUGCGCGUAA